AUGAUGACAAAGGGCUCCCUCUCGCUUCUAUGGUAUGCCCUGCUGCCGCUGUUGGCGGCUGGUUUUCAAGUGCUUCCACAGUCGGUGGUUGGAAGCUGUCACAUUCACAGCCACACAGCGUUGUCUGUCAACCCCAACGCCAUUGUGGAACCCGAAGAAAGUGAGCGACGUGGCAUUAGUCCCAAUCAGAUCAAGACGUUGCGAAAGGAAGCCUCGAAACGACUGGCGCGAAAGCUUCUAGUGCAGCGCACCUUCGAGAAUGAUAACGACAGUUUUGACGAAUUUUUGCAAAGAGUGUGUCAAGAUUUGGACGACAACGAACUGGUGCAAGUCCGGGGAGUGAGUUUGGAGGACAAACGGUUGGUCUACCAGAGUGCCCAUCAAUUGGCGUACGACCUCAGUGUGGUGUUGCAACGAGGCAUUACGGUGGUCCAGAUUCAAGGGCAUGCUGUGACACUCUUUAGUCCGAGUUCCGAUCCCAAAAAGCGAAAGAUGUUGCUCCGAACCAGUUUCCAAGAGGGUGCCUGGACACCCAGAGAAAAAGCCCCAAGGGAUCAUCGGGGGCAGAUUGUCAAGGAGUGA